UAAUAGCUCACAACAGCUGUGAUAAAAAAUAAAUAAAAAUAAAUCAAAAACCAAAAAGUAAAGCCAAGCGGCGGAAAUAGCAUCAUUCAGCACCAUAAGUUAAUCAACACCGAUGUCGUGUCGCUGACUAAGUUACAGUGAAGCACGGAAAGCGUAAAAUACAUUAAAUAACAAGUAGUACACUCAUUCAUUGGCCAACCCACUUGAGAUUUUUGCAUACAUAUGUAAUGGAUGGAGAGAUUGUCAAAGUAACGUCACGGACACGCUUUAUGACUCCGGAGGAGUUGUCCAUGCAAGCAGUCUGCAAACAGUUGUAUCGUAAUCAAAUUUUUCGCGGAUUUUAUGUUGAACGUUGCUUUAUCCAGCAAAUUGGUGACUACAGAGAUGUUAUUGCCCUGGAGCGUGGGGAACGCGAGCUGGAAAAGUUGCUAUUAAAAAGUGCUGCUCAGUUGCAAAUCUUCUAUCAACGAAUUGUACCCAGAAUGUGGAUUGGCAUUAGUUGCACAACCAGUAGGCAGCAACAAAACCAACUGGAAACCUGUAUCUUGACCGAGCUAAAUGACCUGGCCUUUGGUGAAUAUUGGUUUUGCAUACGAACAUUGCGCUUUCGAGAUGAGGAAGUACAAUAUAAGAUCAAAAUGGUAAGACCUGUGGACUCCCAGGAAUCAUCGCGGUCUCGGCAUUCGCUAUCGUCUAUCAGUGGCAGGACACUUACAGACAGAACAGAGCCUACUGUUAAGGAGAACGAAAAGGUUGAUUCCGCCAACAAUUCGGAAAGUUAUUCUAACAUUGGUCUCUCCGAUUUCGCUGCCUUGCUGAGCAAUUGGAGGGAAUCCAUUAAAGUCACCGUCUAUGAUUUCAUGGCCAACGAUGUAAACAAACGCAACUUAGUCGGUGUUAUUCGAUUUCUAGUACUGGCUAUAGUUGGUAUCGUGAGCGGGUUAGUCAUGGGGCUUCGUUUUAUCGGCAUUUUCGCGGUCCGUUUCCUAUAUGAGUUGAGCCGCUUCACUCACACGGCAACUCCCAUUGUAUUUAAAUUAAUAGACUUUAUGAACAAGUUAGUCGGAGGAUUUUUUAUUCUAUUAACUAUGGUUUGGAAGGAUUUGAUAGUGAAUCGUGGUAAAAAGCCUCCACUCGACGAGAAUCGGCCUCUACCAAGACUGACCUAUGAACCUUCAAGGUUCGAAAUUCGUCAACGGCGUAGUACUCAUUACAAUUCAAUUAGCAAUUUUCAAUAAAGUGAUUACAGUGAUUUAUUUGUAUAUUUGAAAUUAUAGGUAAAACGUAAAUUUCAGUAAGAUGAAAUGUAUUUAUUAUUCCAACAUUGUGUCUAUCUUUGGAUUGGUUAAUUUAUUGUAUGUAUGUAAUAUUGUCGCUAAUAAUAAAUGAAACGGAAGAAAAGUUUUGGUGUGGAAUACGUCUGAUAUAAAUAAAAAUUCCUGUAGUUUUACUUGCAA